CGCUGAUGGUGCUCUGGCCGCGUCCUGCUCGCAGUUUGUGUGUGUUCUCCUCCUUUGACCUGCUUACCUUACGCUGAUGGCGCUCUGGCCACAUCCCGCUUUCAGAAAGUGCGUGCUCUCGUCCUUUGACCUGAUUACCCCACGCUGAUGGUGCUCUGGCUACGUCUGGCUCUCAGUAUGGUGGAUAUAUGUGCACGCCAAGUGCCAGCACUUCCUCCGAAACUCGAACAUACAAAUCGCAACGCAUCAAGUUCGAAGAUGACGACGCUAACAGUGCUACGGCCAUCACUUUCUGGCUCUCUGCUCAGUGUUCCCCCAUCUUUCGUGCUCCACCAUCCAUGUCACUCAGCACCGAGCUUCCACCAUCUAUCAUCGACGGAUUCACGCGUGCGUUGUUUCUUGUGCUCUAAGAACGACACGACGCAUCGACCCCGAUAUAUCAGAUGCAUGUUUGAAUUAUUGAAUUCAUCGUCACAUGCAGUAAAGUACGAAGCUACUAUGAUGCUCACUACACUCACGCAGAACCCCGCUGCUGUGAAAGCGGCUGCCUCGUGCUUUGUUAAUUUAGACGCCGGGAUACAGACCCUGGGUGGAGGUUUAGAACUGUGGCGCGGUUACUUCCAGAGUGUUCACCCUACCAUUUCAAAGAACAUUGAUGUGUCGACAGUGGUUAUGUUCAAGCAGGGUAGCUUUCAGACCGCCGCUCUUGCUGUUCUCAAGCAGAACGAUGUUCGUGCACUGGACCUCCACCCAGAUUUGCCGCAGUUCAGGCAGUUGAAGAAGGGCGGGAUGGCUUGUGCCGUGAUUUUGCCUUCCAAAACUUUCUUCAAGCCUUCAAUGAACUUUGUCUCCUUUUGAUUAAUGCUGCCAUCAGAUUUAUACUAUUCAGGGUGGUGUAACCAGUGCUGAGCUCCGUGACUAUCAUUUUUUGAAUCCUUUUUACAUACGUCAUUCUGACCAAUAUUGUAUUGUCGGCCGAACACAAUGU